GGGGAAAGAGGCAUUUUGCGGCAGGACGUAAGUGACGGCUCAGGUGGCGCGACAGCAGCUGGAGGGUGGAGGAGGCGGCGCGGCCCGUCUAGUCCUCGCCAUGAGGCCGCAGCAGGCGCCGGUGUCCGGGAAGGUCUUCAUUCAGCGAGACUACAGCAGUGGCACCCGCUGCCAGUUCCAGACCAAGUUCCCCGCGGAGCUGGAGAACCGGAUUGAUAGGCAGCAAUUUGAAGAGACAGUUCGAACGCUAAAUAACCUUUAUGCCGAAGCAGAGAAGCUCGGGGGCCAGUCCUACCUAGAAGGCUGCCUGGCAUGUUUAACAGCAUACACCAUCUUCUUGUGCAUGGAGACUCAUUAUGAGAAGGUUCUGAAGAAGGUCUCCAAAUACAUUCAAGAGCAGAACGAGAAGAUCUAUGCUCCCCAAGGCCUCCUCCUGACAGAUCCCAUCGAGAGAGGACUCCGAGUUUUUAGAUUGAAAUUACCAUUUAUGAAGACAGAGGUGUGAGCAGUGGGAGAUAAACCAUGGAAUUAAAGAUCCCAUCUCCAGCUGGGACCCUCAUCUGUCCCCUGGCCGACCGCAGCGUGUCCCCUACCUCCUCUCAGAGCAUCAUUCCUUCGUAUCUGCUGCCAGAGCCACGGUGCCAUUCACUCCAAGGACUCACUUUCUGAAAUUCCACACCUGGGGUGACCUCUAGUCGCUCAGCAUCCACUUUGUGUCUCCAAAUUGUGUAGAACUCUGUAAUCAUCUGAUUAGUUCCUGAGAAACACAAUGAAACAUUUCACUUUUUUUUUUAAUUCGAAGCCAUUAAUAAAAUAUGCAGUUGGUCAGCCCAACACAGUUUCUUACCUGCCACCAUUCUUCGGGCCAGCUUCCACAAGCCGUAUCCUAGCCAGUGUUCAGUCUUACUCCCCCAAAUUCAUACGCUUUUCUCCAGGAUUUUGGUGAAGGAUGGGCUGUGUCUGUGGUUUUGCUAAGGCAUCUCCCAGAUUUCUAAGAACUACCAGUUUUGCCAUGACUCAAAUCUUAAAAGAUCUAGUUCUGCUGUUGACUUUCUCAAACCGAAGCUCAUUGGGAAGAUAAUGUGUAAUGUUAUUUGUUUUAUUACAGCAGUUCCUAAUUAAAGCAGUAUUUAAUGCAAUUUCCAGGUUUGGUUUUUGAGAAUUUUGUUAUUACUGCACUACCUUGAAUGUUGAGUUGUGGGAUGUGUUGCUUGUUCCUUAUAAAAAUAAGUAAGCACAAUAAAGUGGAUGCCAAACCAUCAAACAUAAAUGCCCCUGCUGUGUCCCUGACUGUGUAAUGAGCAAGUGUAAUAAAUAUUUUACUUCUAGUUUUGUUAUAAAUAUAACUUAAGAGAAAAAAAUUUGAUAGGAAUGAUACUGUAUAUUGCUAAUUUUUAACUGUCCCUACUGGCAAACCUUCUGAUUCAUAGACUUUCCUCCAUAUACAGUAUUCAGUGCACAGAAAUGUUAUGAUCGAUUCAAGUUCAGUAAGUUAAGUGAUUUCCAACUGAAACUCUCAAGUCUGCAUCAAUAUCUCUAGUUCUUCUCUUGGCUGUGUGUUCUCAGUAUUGGGACUUUUAUGCCCUUCAUCUUUGAGGUUUGAGAGCACUGGAUUUGGGAGAAAGAUAAAUAUAUUAGAUGAGGAUGAAACAGUUACAAGUUUUACUCUCAGAGAUAUUGUAGGUGCUAAUACUGGACUCACUCUUUCAGAUUUAAUUUCUUUUAUGGGUCUGUUAGUUAUUCAAUAAAUCCCAUAGGUCUGUGUAAUAUUUUAAUUGUAUAAAACUUGUUACUUUAUAGCCUAUAAUAGUGUGUCUGUCUGCCUUUGAAACCCGUUGCAAUAACUUUGCUGAAAUAUUAACACGUUAGUAAAACUUUUCGUAAACAAA